CUUCUGCAACAGACACGUAAAAACUCAGUCACUACAACAUGACUGCAGCUGCUGAUAUUUCACACAUCCCGAUCAUUGACUUUUCUUUGUUCAAAAGCGACCCUACCCAGUGUGGCAAGCUUAUUCUCGAUGCUGCUCAGAACGUUGGCUUCUUCUACCUCCGUAACUUUGGUUUCACUCGGGACGAAGUUGAAGAGAUGUUUUAUUUGAGCAAGGAUUUCUUCGACACGCCCAAGGACGAUAAAAGCAAUUAUGCUAUUGACAAAGACAAUCUUGGCUAUUCUGCCGUGCGACAAGAAGCUGUGGAUCCAGUCAACUAUAGUCAAGGCGAUUUUAAAGAAUCGUUUCAUAUUGCAAAGUUCAAAGGUGACGAUCCAUCACAGCCGUUGCCUCCAGUUUUCGAUGCUCAGAAGGAAAAAGUAAACAAGUUUGUGCGGGGAUGUCACACUAUUGUUACUCAAAUCAUGGAAUGUCUGGCUAUUGCUUUGGAGAUCCCCGAGUCCGAAGGUGGUCGCACUUGGUUCUCGAGCCGGCAUGCAUACGAUAUGCCAUCCAAUGACGUGCUGCGCGUCCUGCACUACCCAGCCCUGGAUCAUCCGAACAAGGUUGACGAUAUCCGCAUUGGCCGUCACUCUGACUAUGGCUCACUGACCUUACUUUUCCAAAACGGCAUUGGAGGGCUCCAAAUCCAAGCCAACCGUGAUGCACCUGAUGAAAAAAGCAUCAAAUGGCUGGAUGCGCCCGUGGUGGACGACUGCCUUACUGUCAAUCUAGGCGAUUGUCUCGAAUACUGGACGUGUUCCCUCUUGCGUUCGACAAAGCAUCGUGUCAUCUUUACACCUGCUACGCAAAUGAAACCACGGUACAGUAUGGCCUAUUUCUGUCAAGGCGGUCAAGCAAAACUGGAGCCUGUGCCAAGUCGAUUCAUUCCCAAAUCUCAAAUGCAAUCGCUCAAGACGAGUGAUGAUCAAGAUGAAACUUCGUCAUUAACAGCUGCUCAACACUUGGAAAUGAGACUUAAUGCAACUUAUAGUAGCUACUAACAAAAAUCCAUCCCCACCAAUAACCUGUGUACUCGUUUUUUUUCCCUACCCCACUUUCUUCCAUCCCCUUAAAAACAAUUUGCAGAUCCAAAAAAUUCACUGUGCGUCAGAACUAUUAGCAAAAAGAAGAUUGCCACCAAAGGAGUGUUGCGGGUAGUAGUAGUAAUGGUGUCUGAUAGAUGAUAUUCAGAAAGAAGGAAGAGGAGGAAGAAAAUGCGUUAGGAGGAGAAGAGGAAGUCGAAAUUAUUUUUAGUAUUAAGGCCAGCAGACACAAAACUCUCUAAUAAUAAAG